AUGUCCAAUGAAAGUCAGACAAAACGAAUAGGUGUUACACAUGCUAUUAGAGCUAGGCUAAAUUUUUUGGAUGAAAGAUUGUGGAAACGAUUUUCAGCUCGAAGACUUGAGCUUAUAGAUACUUUGGAUUUGAGUUCCAAAAAAGCAUCCGAACAAGAAGAACUGAUCAAGAAUGUCGCAGAUGCAUUGAGGGUUGAGUUCAACUACUCGCCGGAGUAUUUCCGAGAUUUUGAUAAGUUGGUGAGGGCUGCAGUACAGAGUGUAAGAAGAAAUAGGAAGAGAUCUUCCAAAACUAAAAGAGGAAGUGAAAUGGACAAUGGGGAUAAAAGACGCAGACUGGAUGAAGAAUACCCACAUUCGUACUCCAGGUCCAUUUCGCCUGAUAUGCAUACUACUGAAAAUUCGCCGAGUGAACAGUACUUCCAACGGGAUAAUUCGGAGACUACACCAGAUACGGGGUCUCAGAAGUUUUUAUCGGAGAUUGCACGGUUUAACUCUGAUUCUCAAGAAGAUGUUCAUGACAUGAACUAUUCCAGGAGCAAAAAGUUUACGAUCUUUGAUAAAUCUCGUUUGGCCAUUGACACCAUGAUACAACCAAGGAUAAACAAUAGUCCUCCUGUUCUACCACCUAUAUCUAACUUGAGCUUCAAGGCGAGUAUUAAGAGCCCCCUUAAUUCGUCCGCAAGGAGAAUACUUUUACAUUAUAUUGAGAAGUCAAAGACAUGUUCGGAGUCCACGUCGAAGCGAAAUGAAAAUCUUGAAAUCAUGGGCAAGAGUAUUAUAUCGUGCUGCGUGGUUUAUGUCUUAGAAAAGUCAUUUACGAACUCUAAUGAAACUCUGAUUGAGUAUUUAAGAUCGAAAUUGAAUCAAGAAUCAUAUCUUUCCAAAUUUUAUAAAGAAUUAGAUACGUCAACGACUACGAAUUAUCUUCUUUCCGAUGACAUUGCUUCGUUGUCACUAUUCACCUUAUUAGGAUCCUGUGUCAAGGACUUUGGUUUCGAUAAUAUCAUGCUCCCGUUAAGUGAGUGCCUAUACUAUAGUAUAUUACAAGACUAUCCAUUAAUAUCGCAGCAUUCUACAGUAUUCAAUGGUGAAGAGCACAAAUCAAGCAAAACAUGCAUACCCAUGUAUUCAGAUUCUUUAAACCAAUUGAACUCAUUGGCAGCGGUAGCGACUGAAAUGAAGAAGCAGGACAUACAUAACACAACUAAGGCAGUUACGUUGAAGUUCUUAUCAUCAGUUCUAGAGUUCACAUAUCCUACCACCAAUUCAGCGCCACCAAAGCUAUUAGAAUUGAUAGAAAACGCCAAGAGUGCGUUCAAAUUGUCUGCUAACAGUAAUCAGACGACCAUCAACCUCCUCAAUAUAAAAGAUGGAACCAGGAUAAACUCGGACUCUGACCUUGAAACCCUAUUUAGAACACAGGAGAAGGUAGAGCUAGAACUUGUUACUCAGGCAGCACAGACAAUCCCCAUCUACGAAAUAACAUCCACCAUUAGAUCCAAUAAAUAUCUGGACACAAAGAUAAUUCUUCCUCCACCCUACCAAAAUAGAUCGGUACUACCAGGCCCAUUGAACAACCUAUCCCGUAUGGAUAAGGCUAAUUUCAAUGACCCCCCUCCACCACCUCCAGCAUUGCCCAACUUCCAGCCUUUAUUAUGA